AAAACAACGAAGAUGAGAAGACUCAUGAUUUAGAGCAAAAUAAAAUAAAAUAGGAAUUCAACAUGCCUUUACUCUUUUGCUCUCCAACUGAAUGAAGUGGGUCUCUUUAGUUCAUCACUUGCGCACACAGGUGUGAAUAAGAGAGAGAAGGUGAGUUUGUUUUUGACCUCUCCUUUGAGCUCUUCCUCCUCCACCCUCUUUCUCUCUCUCUCUUUCUCUUUCUUUAAUUUCUAUUAUUAUUAUUAUUUUUUUUUUUUUUUUCUUCAUAUUAUAUUUGGACAUGGAUGAGGAGGAGGAGGAGGAGGAGGAGGAGGAGGGGGAGGGGGAAGGGGAGGAGGAAAUGGAAGAAGGGAGCUUCUUGGAGAUGCUGGGGUCGGGGGAGGACGAAGGGGGGCAUCUCUUAUGCUUACCCGGUGCGCUCUCCUCACCACCACCACCACCACCACCACCACCACCCUCUUCUUCUUACUCCUCCCGCAUGCUGUACUUUGGGGGACAUGUCGAUCCAGGGGAAGCUUUAAUUCCUUUCCACGCGCUACUUCAGCAAAAGUCCACCGACUCCUCCUCCAUCUCUUCUCUCUCCUCUUCUCCUCCCCCUACUUCCACCACCACCGCCACCACCACCACCUCCUCCUCUAAGCCUUCAAAGAAAAAAGUGGAUGGUAGUGGAGGAAGGAGAACAUCAGCUACAUACAAUACACCCAAUAGUGUUAUUACAAGUAAGAAGCCCAAGACAGAGGCAUCUGGGGGCCAUGGAACAUUAAUAAAGAGGGGAGAGCAGGUGAGGAAGGAGAAGUUGGGAGAGAGAAUUAUGGCAUUGCAACAACUAGUCUCUCCUUUUGGAAAGUCGGAUACGGCCUCUGUUCUGCACGAAGCUCUGGGCUACAUCCGAUUCCUGCACGACCAGGUUCAGGUCUUGAGCUCUCCGUAUCUGCAACGCCUGCCAUCCUCUGCCUAUCAGCACGAGGGGAUUGGAGCUGGUGAUCAACCAAGAGCAGGUGAUUUAAGGAGCCGAGGUCUCUGCCUGGUCCCAAUAUCAUGCACCGAACACGUGGCAAACACCAACGGCGCUGAUCUAUGGUCCCCGGCCAUGGGAAAGACCAAAUCCUCAAAGCACUAGCCCUUUUCUCUCUUUCUUCUUGGGUUUUGGCUCCAAUGUUUCUUCUCUCAUCAUUUUUCCAUAAAAAAGGAAAAAGGAUAAAAAAAAAACAGAGAGGAAGAACCAUUUUGGGUUUUAACACCAGUUUUUUGGGGUUUCUCUUGGGCUCCCUUUUUGGGUAAAGGAGCAGUUACACAGAAGAAGAACAAUGAAAAGAUAUAUAUAUAUAUAUAUAUAUAUAUAUAUAUAUAUAUAUGUAUAGGGUGAGAAGGGGAAUAGGGUAAAGCUUCUUAACUUGGAAAGUAGUGUAGUAGCAUUCAACACUGUUAAACUACUAUUAAUGCUUUGGUAAGGUUAAAGCUUGGGGUUUUUUUUGGGGGGGGGGGGAGGAGAAGAGGAGAAACUUUUGUAUGUAAAAGCGUGUCAGUGUGCAUGUCUUCUUCUGCUUCUUCUUACAUUCUUGGAAUUAUGUGGAUUGUGAUUAAUUAACUAAAGCCUAAGUAGGUCGACAUUAGCUUUAAAUCAUGUCACUAAUUAAAGGGCGGUUUAAGAUUAUCAUGUUU